AAUUUCCUCCACGCUUUCUCUCUCUAUCCCUUUCCUUCUCCGAAUCUUCACUUUCAUCCGUUUCUUAUAACACUUUCUUGUAAAAAACAUGGCUGUGGAUUCUGCGCUCUCUUCUCCACUUGGUCCACCUGCUUGCGAGAAGGAUGCUAAGGCGCUUCAAUUCAUUGAGGAAACCACACGAAACGCCGAUGCUGUUCAGGAGAAGGUGUUGGCCGAGGUACUCACUCGCAACGCCGACACUGAGUACCUGAAACGCUUCCGACUAGGCGGUGCCACCGACCGCACCACCUUCAAGUCCAAGCUCCCCGUCAUCACCUACGAGGACGUCCAGCCUGAAAUUCAGCGAAUUGCUAAUGGCGAUCGCUCUGCUAUUCUAUCUGCUCACCCUGUCUCUGAAUUCUUAACAAGUUCGGGAACUUCCGCUGGUGAAAGAAAACUCAUGCCUACAAUUAAGGAAGAGCUGGAUCGUCGCCAGCUUCUUUACAGCCUUCUCAUGCCAGUUAUGAACCUUUAUGUGCCUGGUUUGGACAAAGGCAAGGGACUGUACUUUUUGUUCGUCAAAUCCGAAACAAGGACUCCGGGUGGGCUCGUGGCCCGACCCGUUCUCACCAGCUACUACAAGAGUGACCACUUCAAGACCCGACCCUUCGACCCCUACAAUGUCUACACCAGCCCCAACGAAGCCAUCCUGUGCCCCGAUUCCUUCCAGAGCAUGUACUCCCAGAUGCUCUGCGGCCUCAUUGAACGCAAGCAAGUCCUCCGUCUCGGAGCAGUCUUCGCCUCCGGUCUCCUCCGUGCAAUUCGGUUCCUCCAGCUUCAUUGGUCUCCACUCUGCUACGACAUCCGAUCCGGAACUUUGAACCCCAAAAUCACCGAUCCGGCAAUAAGAGAGUACAUGGCCAGGGUGCUCAAACCCGACCGGGAAUUGGCCUCGUUCGUUUCCCAUGAAUGUUGCAAGGAAAAUUGGGAGGGUAUCAUCACAAGGAUUUGGCCCAACACAAAAUAUCUGGACGUUAUCGUGACAGGCGCGAUGGCUCAGUAUAUCCCCACGCUCAAUUACUACAGCGGCGGGUUGCCACUUGCCUGCACCAUGUACGCUUCGUCGGAAUGUUAUUUCGGACUCAAUCUCAACCCGAUGUGCAAGCCUUCCGAGGUCUCUUACACUAUAAUGCCAAACAUGGCCUACUUCGAAUUCCUGGAGCACGAAAACGGAUCCGGGUUCGCCCGAGACUCUCCUCCGAAACUCGUUGAACUUGUUGACGUCGAAGUUGGCAAAGAAUACGAACUCGUAAUCACAACCUAUGCCGGGUUAUACCGGUACCGGGUAGGGGACAUUCUCCGGGUCACCGGGUUCCACAACUCGGCCCCGCAAUUCCAUUUCGUGAGGAGGAAAAACGUGCUGCUCAGCAUUGACUCCGACAAGACCGACGAGGCGGAGUUACAGAACGCCGUCGAGAACGCAUCCAAGUUCCUCGCGGAGUUCAACACCAGCGUGGUUGAGUAUACAAGCUACGCCGACACGAAGACGAUCCCAGGUCACUACGUGAUAUACUGGGAGCUCCUGAUGAAGGACCCGUCGAACCCGCCGAGCGAGGAGGUUCUAAACCGGUGCUGUUUGGAAAUGGAGGAAUCGCUGAACUCGGUUUACAGACAGGGUCGGGUUGCGGAUAAUUCAAUCGGACCCCUGGAAAUUCGGGUGGUGAGAAAUGGCACGUUUGAGGAACUCAUGGAUUACGCGAUCUCAAGAGGAGCGUCGAUCAAUCAGUAUAAGGUACCACGUUGUGUGAAUUUCACUCCCAUCAUGGAGCUCUUAGAUUCGAGGGUGGUGUCGGCGCAUUUUAGCCCAGCCCUGCCGCGUUGGACUCCAGAAAGGAGAAGGUGAUUCUGGGAGGUGGAGGAGAACACUGACCUUUAUAUUGUUUUAUUUUAAUUUUUCCCCCCAAAGUCGUGUGUAGAUUUUUUCCAACUUUUUUGAAGUAGGGCCUGUGGAAAGGUGAGAGAGGUAAGACCAUGAUCAGGUUAUGUAAGUUGGUUCGAUUGACUUGUGACUUUUCUAGUUAUGUGUAGUAGAGAGUGGAAUCGUUCAGUGCAUGAAUGUAAUGAUGAUGAAGGAAUUAAUGUAAUGGAACACCAUGGUAGUUUCUUGUGGUAAACUAGUUCACUCGAUUCAAUGCA